CCUCUUGAAAGAGGGAAGAUGGUGCCCGAGGUAGGGAAGAAUGGAAGGACCAGCGUCAUUGUGGCUAAGGAGCAAGCCUCAGUGUUUGAGGUUCCCGGGAGGAGGCAAAGGCAAGAGUUGGAAGAUGUGACAAAGGACAAAAAUCAACCAUGCCCGAUGCUGUUGGGGGGCCAGUAGCAAUGUACAGACAGAGCCAAUCAUCUGACAGCUUUAGAGCAUUUGGGACCAGAGGUUGGUUAGAGUUGGGGUAAGAGAGGUGGGGCUCAGACUGGAAGGGGAGGAGGAGCUGGCCAGAGGGAGAGGUGCUUCCCUCUGACCCAGGGUGCAGCAUGGAGGGCCUAGCAAAGAACAUCACCCUUUUCCCAACCUGCUCUGGAUCAGAGGUGACCGUGAAAGUGAAAGAAAAGAUGCAGAAAGCAGCCAGCACCUCUGAGGAAGGGUGAAGGCGAAAGUGAAAGCAGGAAGAACAGACGUGGAGCCCUGGAGAGGCUGAGUCGGAGGCCUUUCUUGCUCCCCGCAGACCCGUCUCAUCUGACCGAUCCAUCGACCCCCUGAUUGGCCCCUGCCCGCCCGACAUGCUGAAGCCAGAGCUGGAGCCACGAGGGGGCUUCUCCUUUGAGAAUUGCCAGAGAAAUGCAUCACUGGAACGCGUCCUCCCGGGGCUCAAGGUCCCUCAUGCACGCAAGACCGGGACCACCAUCGCGGGCCUUGUGUUCCGAGACGGGGUCAUCCUUGGCGCAGAUACGCGGGCCACUAACGAUUCAGUUGUGGCGGACAAGAACUGUGAGAAGAUCCACUUCAUCGCCCCCAAAAUCUACUGCUGUGGGGCUGGCGUGGCCGCCGACGCCGAGAUGACCACACGAAUGGUGGCGUCCAAUAUGGAGCUGCACGCGCUGUCCACGGGCCGCGAGCCCCGCGUCGCCACGGUCACCCGCAUACUGCGCCAGACGCUCUUCCGGUACCAGGGCCACGUGGGUGCGUCGCUGAUCGUGGGUGGCGUAGACCUGGCCGGACCGCAACUCUAUGGCGUGCAUCCCCACGGCUCCUACAGCCGUCUGCCCUUCACGGCCCUGGGCUCCGGCCAGGACGCGGCCCUGGCGGUGCUGGAGGACCGCUUCCAGCCGAACAUGACGGUCCAGCUGCUACCACUUUGUGCCUGGAACCACAGCUGUCCUGACUCAAACAGUGAAGCCACUAAACCUGGAGCUACUGGAAGAAACUGUGCAAACUAUGGAGGUGGAGUAAAGUAGGCUGGGGCUCAGACCUUGGAAUAAACCCAGAAAAUGCAAAAACCUGAA